AUGAUUGAAGUCCCGGAAAUAGUGAAUAGCACACAGAUGGAAGAAUCAAUAAACUUCACCAAAGCGUAUAUCGGAAGUAUAGAAUGGACUAACAAUAUGACAUAUGGAGAAAUUCUCAAGAAUAAGAAGUAUUCUGGAUGCAACUUAUGUUCUUAUAAGAAAGAUAAUGACACUAUUGCAAAUAGUACUCCAGAUGAUCUAAUUAUUGGUUUAUUAUACAGUGAUUUUCCAAACAAUCUUUUAACGCUUGUUCGAUCUAUUAGAACGACAGGAUGUAAAGCAACAAUUGCUAUUUUAACAUGUACAGAUGUAGAAAAGCAAUUACCACCUAAAUACCUUGAAAAUCUAGAAAACUGCGGAGUCAACUUAGUUCCAAUCCCUCGAAUCGGAAGGAUCCAAAAUAUUCAUGGAAAUCUACUCCGCCAUUUAAUUUUCGCAAUGUUUUUAAAUCAAUAUUGGAAAUCCUUUAAUAGAGUUGUUAUAUUAGAUGUUUAUGAUACAUAUUUCCAAAGAGAUCCUUUCACAACAGAAUUUAAUAUGACAAACGUAUUCUUUUCCUAUGAAAGCAAAAAAUUUAGUGUUAAUGGAGUAAAUAAUCUAUGGGUUUCUCGCCUAGACGCAAACUAUUCAAAGAGUAAGUACUUUGAUAAGUACCCUUUGUGCUCUGGCCUUUUCGUAGGAACUUCAGAAAAUUUAGUGAAAUUUUACAGAACUUUUGUGAAUUUAAGCUUUUGGAAAUGGGUAGCAUUUAAAGCUCAAGAUCAAGGCACAUUGAAUGCAAUGUUCUACAAUAAUAAAUUCGGAGAUCUCGUUCAGAUUGAUCCUGACAGAAAAUACGUUUCAGCAUACUUGCACAAUUUCAUUAAGUCGGAGAAUAAAACAGAUCUAGUUAGGUAUGAUGAUGGAGUGAUUCCCAGAAUAAUUCAUCAAUAUGAUAGAAAGCAGCAAUCAUCCGAAUUUAUAAAAACAGCAUGUCCAAUGUUGGGAUUUUGGCAGCGGAAGCCAUAUGCAAGAUACGACUGGAGACAUAUUUCCUAG